UUCAAGUUGUAUUCGAACCACCAUCUUCAUCGAUACUCGACGGACAGUUUCCUCCAAUUAAAGAGUAGAUUUACUUAGUUGUACAAUGCCCAGCAAUACAGCUCUUCUCUUCCUGCUGGUUUUCGUCUUCGCCGUAUGUUUGUCUGGCAAUGGCGUCUACGCAUUUGGUGCAGGAAAUAUCCCUUCCUUCGCUUACAUGGAAGGACGCGCUUUUCGACACGGUGAUAUAGAGGACGUUCUUGCGGAACUGGCGAAAAAAGGUGCCGGUGGUUUUGCCCUCGCAAGCGUGAUAGGCAAAGGUGGAAGUAAGUUUGGUGGAUUGGACAUCAAGAGAGUCUAUUUCGGGAAUUGGCUGAGAGACUAUAGUCAAGCAGUCGAUAUCGCAGGUUUAACCAAAUUACCCUUACAAACGAUCAUCAAUCUCUGCAUGGCAUUGGGUUUCCUGGCUCAUGGUUACGCUACCAACGAGUUUGAAGUCACAAGAGAAAGACUUGGAUGUUAUCUACCCACCGAACACAUUGAUAACCCUAAAGGUUAUGGUGAUGGUCAAGACGCAAGGAAAUUUGAUCCAAGGUUGCGAGGACCCGUCAACCCAAGGGAGCUUGAAAUCGAUCUGAGGACGGGCAUGAAGAAUUAUAUUGCCAAUGAAAAUGGCAACUGGGACACAUCGAGAGCACUUGUAAGGCGCACACUCGAGCAAUGCAUUCACCUCGGUAGAAAGCAACGCUCACAAGGUAGAAAGGAGGAUGAGUAUGAAGCAUAUCGGCUUUUGGGUACCUUGUUGCAUACGCUAGAGGACUUUUCAGCACAUUCAAACUUUUGCGAACUCACACUCAUGUCAAUGGGCUUUCAUGAUGUCUUUCCUCACGUCGGUGAUCGCGUCAGGAUACAAGCACCAAACGGUCAAUGGGUUGCACCAAUCGUAACUGGCACAUUUGGAUCCAGUGACUUUAUCCACUCAUUGCUUGGUGAAGCCGGUGAUCACUUGAGUCAAGCUUCUGUAACCGACCUCAAUGCAGAAAUAACUAAAGCGAAACAAAAGGAUCGUAGCAGAGGGCCUGGUGGUGGUACGACAGACCCUGCGGGAGUACUUCGGGACCUCCUCUUCAAGCUUCCUGGAGGGGAGGGGAAUUCCAUGUCAAGGGAUAUGGAGGGUGUCGAGCGGAUCAGGGCACAAGGUCAGGGAGGUUCAGGAGGAAAGAAACCUGAAGAGAUGUCUCCUCAAGAGCUCCAUGCCGUCCUUUGGCAAGUUUUGAGCUUCCGUGAUAGCGUAGUGAAAAAGAUCGAAAAGACCAUCGAAAAGAUUCCGGGAUUGGGCCCUCUGAUUGAGAAACUCAUGGAAAGUAUUUCCGUGUUCGUUUUCACGACUUUGGAGCCAUUCCUAAAACCUAUUCUCAAAACGGCUACUGCUGGUCUUCAGUCUGCUUCCGGAGAAGUCAUAGAUAGCCAUGAUCAGUAUGAGGUAUUCAAUGACCCUCAAGCGUCGGAUCCUACCCACUCUUUCCUGAGUAAAGAUCACUUUAACCUAAUCUUGAACGAACCCGCUGGUCAUAUCGCCAGAGUCAUUGUGACUUACGCUGUUAAUCUCGUUGUAAAGGCAUGGGAUGACCCUAGUGUGAAUGUAAGGGGCGUUACGGAGGACAUCUUAUCCUGCUUAUUCCACCCAAACUUUCAGGAUCCCAACUCCAAAAUCCAACGCGAGAUGCUUCAAACAAUGAAGGUUUGGGUAGACGGACUAGGGAAACGAAGGAACGAGGUUUUGAGCCGCUUAUCGAAGGAACGUGUCAAGAAACAUGAGAAUAUCCGGUUAGCGGGAGAAGGAGGAGCCCCAGAGGCUGUUGGAUCUUAUGCUCACAGUCAAGGACUAGCUGCUCAAUCUGGACUGCAGGGUUACAUCAAUCAGAUUCCCGGAGUACAACAGGCUCAAGGGUUUAUGGGUAAUAUCAGCGGCGGUCAAGGACAAAGGAAAGAUGGACCGGCGCCUUCUUUGCCUGGUGGUUAUCCUGGGGCAUCUUCUCACUCUCAUGCGAAUCAGAGUAGCUGGCAACCACCUGCUGCACCACCACCAGGUGGUGGUGAAGCAGCGUCAUUUUAUGGCGGAGGUGGGCCUGGAGGUGGACCAGGUGGACAGUCAGCACCUCCACCGUCUUUCCAUGGUGGACCAGGUGGAUAUUCAACACCAUCGUUUCCUGGUGGACCAGGUGGACAUUCAUCACCACCGUCUUUUCCUGGGGCGCCAGGCGCACAUGCGGCGUCAUCGCCUCCACCUUCUUUCCCCGGUGGACCGGGUGGAUAUUCAUCACCUCCCCCAUCAUUCCCCGGCCCUGGCGGUCCACCCUCUUUCCCCGGAGGAGGUGGUCACAGUGGAUAUGCACCUUCAUAUUCCUCUCCUCCUCCCCCGUCUUUCCCCGGAGGAGGUAGUGGUCCACCUUCCUUCCCGGAUGCGGGUGGUUUCGGGGGAUAUCCCGCCGGUCCAGGAGGGUUUGCACCUCCAGGUGGUGGUGGACCACAUGAACCUGGUUUCGCUCCUCCUCCCGGUGGAUUUGAUGGGUUCCCACAAGCUCAGCCUCCUGGUCAUCCCCACCAUCAUCCUCAUCAUGGCGGCGGCGGCUAUGGACCCAAUUAUGGACAAGGACAAGGACAAGGACAAGGAUGGUAAAUUUAACGUUUGGAAAGACUUGUAACGUGUGACCUGUACUCGAAUUUCUUUGUUGUAUAAAUUAUGGUCGCAUCAUUGUCAAAUACAUGUAUUUAAACCCGAUGGACACAUGGAUUAAUGUCAGAUGGGAGAGCUGUGUUGUUUGGGCGAUACUCUGACCGAGCCGCAUGCGCAGCGCUAUCAACAUCGGGUUCCAUUCCGCUCUUCAUUUCAUUCUCGACAAGGACAGCCCGACUGUGCACAGCGACAGCAAUCACGAAAAAUGGAACUAGUUCCAGCAGAAAGUUCCUUUUGACAACUUUCUCUGGGUGCCAGCAUUCGAACCUAUCGCUACCUGCAUCAUUCAUCGAUAUAUCGGACGAGGUGCUUAUGGGUCGGGUCAUCCAUCGUCGGCAACCUUUUCCUGCGUAGUCAGACCGCAGACGUGGUUGAAAAAAACCAAGUGAAGCACAAGGAUCAACGCUUUGUGAUAUUCCAACUAAACCCCUCAAGAGAAAGAAAAAUAUGUAACGUAGCGGUCGCUCCCUACGAUUAGCCCCGAGUCCGUAAAUAUUGUUGCCAAUUGUCGUAAGACACAGAAAACAGCGAUGAAAA